UCACUAUUUUUCUGGCAUUUGCGGUAGAUUCGUGGCGAGAAUUUGACGUCGCCGAAUUAAUAUUUUUAGUAGGUUUAUAAAAUGAAGGCGCAGAUUUUUGUGUUUGUGUUGAGUGCAUAUUUUUAUGCAUUAAAUGCUGAAGUAUAUCUUGAAGAAAAAUUCCAAGAUGAUUCCUGGGAGAAAACUUGGGUGUACAGUAAGCAUCCAGGGAAGGAGUUUGGGAAGUUUGCUUGGACAGCAGGAAAGUUCUUCAACAAUGCAGAAGAUGAUAAAGGUAUUCAGACGUCCCAAGACGCCCGCUUCUACGCCCUGAGCCGCAAAUUCAAGCCCUUCUCCACCGAAAACAAAGAUUUAGUAAUUCAAUUCACAGUCAAACACGAACAGAACAUAGAUUGCGGCGGUGGCUACGUAAAAGUCUUCGAUUGUUCGCUCGAACAAGAAGACAUGCACGGCGAAUCGCCAUACCGUGUAAUGUUCGGUCCUGACAUCUGCGGACCCGGUACAAAGAAAGUUCACGUAAUCCUCAACUACAAAGACAAGAACGUACUCAUCAACAAAGAAAUCCGUUGCAAAGACGACGUUUACACACACGCUUACACCCUCAUCAUCAAGCCAGACAACACCUACGAAGUCCAAAUCGACGGCGAGAAGGUCGAAAGCGGCGAAUUGGAAGCCGAUUGGGACCUUCUGCCGCCCAAGAGGAUCAAGGAUCCCGAAGCCAAGAAGCCCGAGGACUGGGACGAUCGCUCGACGAUUCCCGAUCCGGACGACACCAAACCCGAGGACUGGGACAAGCCUGAACACAUCCCUGAUCCUGAAGCCACCAAGCCCGAUGAUUGGGACGACGAGAUGGACGGGGAAUGGGAGCCGCCUAUGAUUGAUAACCCAGAGUACAAAGGGGAAUGGCAACCUAAGCAGAUAGACAAUCCGGCUUACAAAGGGCCGUGGAUCCAUCCCGAAAUCGAUAAUCCUGAGUAUACUCCGGAUUCGGAGUUGUACAAACAGAAGGAAAUUUGCGCCGUUGGGUUCGAUUUGUGGCAGGUUAAGUCGGGAACGAUUUUCGAUAACGUGCUGGUCACGGAUGAUGUAGAGUACGCGAAAGAAGCCAUCUCUGGAUUGAAAGAAAGACAAGAUGGAGAGAAGAAAUCUAAAGAAGAUUUAGAUAAAGCAGAGAAAGAUGCAGCUGCUGCUGAAGAGAAGAAGGAUGACAAUGAGGAUGACGACGACGAUGAUGAAGAUAAUGAUGAUAAUGAAGAAGAAGAACAUGUGCCACAAGUAGAGGAAUCCGAUCAUGAUGAAUUGUGAGUGGAAUAAGAGACAAUUUUUAUAUCUUACUGUGUGCAGUGUUUUGUUCCAUAGUGUGUACUAUUUCUUUGACUGAUUUUUGUUAAUAUUGAGCGUAUUACUUCUAAUAAAACAGAAAAUCAUACAAGUUGUUUUUGUAUUCACAUUUUAUUUGUACAAAAUUAAUAAAUUAUUAUCUUUAGUAA